GCGUGCUUUCACUGGGAAGCGGUGGCACUCCUUCAGGAGGCAGCUGGAGACGAAACAAAGUGGAAUUUCUCACCCCUUGCGUAAAAAUUUACGCACAAUCAGCGCGUAAAGGUCAAAAGCGCGUGCCGGUAGAGGAGGAGGGAGGGGGCGCAAAGGAGCGCGUGAGUGAAAAAUAUGGACUGAGCAGAAGAACAGAGGAGCAGGCUCUCUGUGAGGAACAUCUGCAACUUGGUGCUCCACCUCAAACUCAGAUGAACUUUGGAUCGCUGAGACUUUUGGCACACCUUUACGCACGGCUGCGCGCGGCUCCUGCUGCGGUGACUUCAUGGUAAAGUUGUGAACAGCGGGAGAGUCGCGGAGAUCACUAACAACAAAACAACAGGGCAGUAAGUCACAAAGUGGAGCGCGCGCUGCGGAGGUGCGGCGAGGACGGGACAGGUUAGAGUCUCGAGUUUCUGCCGCUCCGUGGGGCUCCUGGUGUCCCGCGUCCAUCCAACCUGGAGAAGUUGUCAACAAGAGCAGCGCGCAGAGACGGACUGGCAGGUGGACGCGCUCAUCUCCAUGCAGACGUAUAUUCACUCCACUAUAUAUAGAAGUGGUCCUUAAUAAGUUUCUCCUCCCUCCCACUGGCCCUGCAGCAGCUCCACGCACCGGGCGCGUGCCUAUAUAUACACCAUCCGGGCUUUUAUUCCCCUCCGCAAUCUGUAUCCCAGAGGGCUGCCCGCCGUCGGUUCGGCUGUGAGGGCAGGAGUCGUCGCGUGGACUGACAUGGCCACCGAUCUCGCCAUGAGCGCGGAGCUGCCCAACAGCCCUCUGGCCAUCGAGUACGUGAACGACUUUGACCUGAUGAAGUUCGAGGUGAAGAAGGAGCCGCUGGAGGCCGAGCGUUUCUGCCACCGCCUGCCGUCGGGCUCCCUGUCCUCCACCCCGAUCAGCACGCCCUGCUCCUCCGUGCCUUCCUCGCCCAGUUUCUGCGCCCCCAGCCCGGGCACGCAGCCCAACCCGGGCCUCCCCGGGGGCGGCGGCGGCGCGAACGGAGGCAACAACGGCGGCGGCAACAAUCACAGCGGCGCGGGGAAGCCUCAGCUGGAGGACCUGUACUGGAUCCCCAGCUACCAGCACCACCUGAACCCCGAGGCGCUCAACCUGACCCCGGAGGACGCGGUGGAGGCCCUGAUCGGGAACGCGCACCACCAUCACCACCACCACCAGGCCUACGAGGGCUUCCGCGGGCAGCAGUACGUCGGGGAGGACCUGUCCGCGGCCUCGGCCGCGCACCACCACCAAGCCCACCACCACCACCAUCACCACCACCACGGCCACCACGCGCGCCUGGAGGACCGCUUCUCGGACGAGCAGCUGGUCAGCAUGACGGUGCGCGAGCUGAACCGGCAGCUGCGCGGCUUCAGCAAGGAGGAGGUGAUCCGCCUGAAGCAGAAGAGGCGCACCCUGAAGAACCGCGGCUACGCGCAGUCGUGCCGCUUCAAGCGCGUGCAGCAGAGGCACAUGCUGGAGACGGAGAAGUGCACGCUGCAGAACCAGGUGGAGCAGCUGAAGCAGGACGUGGCGCGCCUGGCCAAGGAGCGGGAUCUGUACAAGGAGAAGUACGAGAAGCUGGCCAGCCGGACCUACAGUGGACCCGCGAGCACGAGAGACCCGUCCGGGAAACAGAACGAGUUCUUCAUGUGAGACACUCCCGAGUCCCCCCCACCCCCCACCCCCACCCAAAAACUCUUCUGACAUUAAUUUAUAUUUU